AUAGUUGUUAACUGUUAGACAUUCUUGUGAUGAGCAGCUAGCUAGUAACGGUGUAAACAAAGUACUACUGGGUGAAAGUGAUGAAAAGUGAAAGUAUAGUGAAAUAGUAUUCGCUAGUAAACUGGAACCUCCUCUUCUCCAAAGGACGUAUCAUAUCAAAAUGUCCUCUACCAACCCGAAGUCUUGUAAUACCUUCCCCCUUUGGUUGAACCAGGAUUACAUCGAAGACGCAAUUCGUUUCAAGUUCGAAGACAACUCCAUAACAAUUCUGAAAUAUGAAGCAGUUCCAGCUACGUCUAAAGGUGAUAACUACGCGAGUGUUAUGAUUCGAAUUGGUGUGGAGUAUGUGAGCAAUACGUGCAAUGAACCCCGAAAGGCCAGUUACAUCUUGAAAACUUCCUUCCAGCAACUACCCAACCCUUUACCAAAUGACGCGUUAGUAUCUUGUGGCGUAUAUCGUCGGGAGAUGCUUAUGUAUGAAGCAAUCUUCCCUCAGUUUAAAGAUAUUUUACUAACUAUCGGAUAUAGUGAAGAUCUGGUCGCGGAUGCCAUUAAGAUUGAUCAUCUACGAGAAGGGAUGCUUUUGGAAGAUCUGAAAGAUCGACACUAUGUAAUGUUACAACGGAAAACCGGAUUGAACUUAGAACAUGCAAAGCUUAUUUUAAGAAAACUUGCAAAAUUCCAUGCAGCCUCAGUCAUCUUGAAUGAGAUGGAACCCUCAGUUUUCAGUGAAUUCGAUCGGGGUGCUUUCAAUAAACAUACUAACUCUCUGGCUCAAUUUUAUAUCGGCUGCAUGGAAGAGUGUACCCGGGCAGUUUGCAGUUGGAAGGGGUUUGGAGCGAUUGGCGCUAAAUUGAGUAAAAUUAGAGAUAAAGUUAUGGAGUAUGGAACGGGAGCAUUUGAGGCUAAAGACGAUCGUUUAAAUGUUCUCAUUCAUGGCGAUCUGUGGACCAACAAUGUUAUGUUCAAGUACGAUAGUGGCGGUGAAGUUAUAGAUGCAAUUCUCCUGGAUUUCCAGUUUAGCUGCUGGGCCUCGUCGACACUUGAUUUGCACUACUUUUUCCACACAUCGUUGACUGAGGAUGUUCGAGAUAAUCAUCUGGAUGACCUAGUUCAGUAUUUUUAUGCGAAUUUAGUAGAUACUCUUCGUGAAUUAGACUACGUCGGGUCAACUCCAUCACCGCAAAAAUUCUGGGCUGAAUAUAUCGAGACCAGUGUGUAUGCCGUUAUAACAGCUUGCGUGGAGCAGUCUAUAAUUUUAUUUGAUAGACCCGUGGAUGAUGAUGAUUGCAACAUAUUUGGGAAUGAUGAAGAGGCUAAAAACUUUAGAAAAAUUGUUUAUAGUGAUGCGAAUGUUGAAAGGAAUUUGAAGAAAUUAUUGCCGAUUUUUGAUCAGCAAGGGCUGUUGGAUGUGAAAUGCUAUCCGAGCUAUAAAAUCCCAGGUUACUUUUAUCUUGAGGUCAGACCUAUCCCGUCAAGUUUCGUUGAGCAACCACUAUUGAGAGUCUUUGCCAAUAUGCCGGAGUGUAAUAAGUGUGAAUUAAUUAUUGAAAAUUUUCAACCUAGUCCUGAUUGGAUUUGUUCAAAUUACAUGGAGAGAGCUUUGCAGGAAAAAUAUAACGAUAAAAGUAUAAGAAUCGUCAAUAUAUCCAUAAAGCCAGCUACCGCGAAAGGUGACAACUAUGCAAGUAUUAUAUCGCGUGUGAAAGUGGACUACACCUGUCAAGGCGAGGAUCAAAUCCAGAACGGAAGUUAUCUAAUCAAGAGUUCAUUCGAAAGUGAUGAAUUUGCAACAGAAAAGUUUUCACAGUACGGCGUCUACGAAAGGGAAAUGGAAAUUUAUGGGAAAAUUUUCCCAAGGCUUAAAGAAAUGCUAGAAAACGUCGGGAUUUAUGAAGAACUUGUUCCAGAUACGAUUAGAAUCGACUAUGACCACGAUUCUAUCAUGUUCGAGGACCUUGCAGUGCGAUCGUUUGUAACACCAGAAAGACAUCAAGGUUUGGACCUGGUGCACGCUAAGAUGAUCCUUCGGAAGCUAGCAAUAUUGCAAGCAGCUUCAGCAGUACUCGGUCAUAAUGAGCCUGAGAUCUUUCAGUCCUAUGAUCGAGGAAUGUUCAAUCGUCAUACAGAAGCCUUUAGUCCUUGUUAUCUGAACAAUUUGAAAGCUUGUGCAGAAGUUGUUAGUACGUGGCCUGGAUAUGAAAAGUGCGCUCAGAAACUGUUCGCUCUGGAAGGGAUGCUUAUGGAGUACGGCAAGAGAGCUUUUGAUAGAAAAAAUCAUCAUAUCAAUGUCCUAGUGCAUGGGGACCUAUGGAUGACCAACGCCAUGUUCAAGUACAAUGCUGAGAAGAAGCCGAUUGAUGUGAUUAUCAUCGAUUUCCAGUUUAGUUGCUGGAGCUCACCAACCAUUGAUUUGCAUUACUUCUUGAAUACGUCGCUAACUGAUGAGCUUGCAAGGAAUAAUCAGGACGAAUUGGUCCAAUACUAUUAUGAGACCAUGGCAAACACGUUGCAAAGUUUAAGUUUCAAGGGGAAAAUUCCGUCAUUGAAGGAAUUCUGGAUGGAGUACAUGGAAACGAGUUUUUAUGGAUUCGUAUCUGCAUGUCUGGUGCAACCAAUUCACAUCAACGAUCAAACGGAAGAUGCCGAUUUUGCGGCUCUGAUGAAGGAAGACGAGCGAGCUUUAAAAUUUAAGAGGACAAUUUACAAAAAUGAAAGAGUACAUCGAACUUUGAAGAGGGUCUUGCCUAUCUUUGACCGACGGGGUUUGCUGGAAGUUCAUCAAUAAUUAGGGGGUGUCUAUGAAAGUACGAUUUUGUUAUUUGAAUUUAGCAACUGCUGGUAUUGAUAUAUUGGUGAUAUUAUUAGUGUGAUAUUUUUUGCAUAAAGUAUUCGUAAAAGGUAUGAGAAAGUAGGAUUUAGAAUAAAGGAACAAUCAUAUUAGAUGAA